CAACCCUCUCAAGUGCAAUUACAACAACACAGGAAAUACUGAAGGUUGAAUUUGCUACCAUUUCGGAAGAGGAACAAGCUUCAGUUUACAUCCAAAGAUCGUUGAACAAAGAAAAGAGAAGAAUGGAAUUUGAGAGAGAUCUUAACCUUGAGGCGACAGAGCUCAGAUUAGGCCUACCGGGCACUGCCACAGAACAGUUGGAGAAGCAAACACCUAACUCAAAUGUUACCAAGAGCAACAAAAGAUCAUUGCCUGACAUGAAUGAAGACUCUGCAGGAAGAAGGGAAAGUUCUAGCGUGUCUUCAAAUGACAAAAAAAGCCAUGAACAGGAAACUGCUCCACCCACCAAGACACAAGUGGUAGGGUGGCCACCAAUAAGAUCUUACAGGAAAAACUGUCUCCAAGCAAGGAAACUAGAGGCUGAAGCUGCUGGACUAUACGUGAAAGUUAGCAUGGAUGGUGCUCCUUAUCUUAGAAAGAUUGAUUUGAAGGUCUACAAAGGAUAUCCAGAGCUCCUCGAGGUCGUAGAAGAAAUGUUCAAAUUCAAAGUUGGUGAGUAUUCUGAAAGGGAAGGCUAUAAUGGAUCCGAAUAUGUACCAACAUAUGAAGAUAAAGAUGGCGAUUGGAUGUUGGUUGGAGAUGUUCCAUGGGAAAUGUUCAUCAAUUCAUGCAAGAGGCUAAGAAUCAUGAAAGAGUCGGAGGCUAGAGGCCUGGGUUGCGCUGUGUAAAGCCUCAUAUGCAAGUACUGUUAACACAAGAUGGAGAUCGAAGAGAUGAUCUGAAAAGAAUCCAUCUCCUUGAUUAUGAAGAGUAGAUCGAGGUGCACUACUCUGAGCUAGCUUGGACUCUCCAGGAAGAAGUAUCAAUCAUGGACCUGUUGCAUGAAGAAAGAAAAUGCAUGGAUCUGUAUUUUUUCUUUAUGGGAUAGGAUGUAAUAGAAGAUUUUAAGAGGGUUUGUUAACUAGGAGAUUACAGAUCUUCUUGUAUAGUUAGCAUAUCUGCUUUUGGAAUGCAAUUGUACAGAGAAAUACAUAUGAUCACAAGUUUUUUCCA